UAGAUAAUAAUUAAAAAAUAACAAUUUCUCUCUCUCUUACGGAGAAAGGAAGGUAAAAGGACAUGAGCGUUUCUAUUUCUUCCUAACACAUUAUUCUUUUUUGUGUUCUUUAAUUAUCCUUCUUCUCUUUCUCUCCGUUAAUUAAUAAGAGGAAGGGAGAGAUUGAGUUUUGAUUGAUGCUCUGACCAUGGCGUUGUUCUUCUCUUCACCAACGCGGAGUCUCCUCUUAUUCUUUUGUUUCUUCUUAUUUGUCAUUCGUCUCUCAUAUGCCGACGACGCCUCGCAUGAUGGCGAUUCCCCUAAGUCUCCUGGCUGCGCUCUUCCAUUCAAAUUGGUCAAGGUUGAGAACUGGGUUAAUGGAGUUAAAGGUGAAACUUUAAGUGGGAUGUCUGCAAGAUUUGGGGUUCUAUUGCCUUCUGAGGCUGAAAAAGGCCUCAGAUUGUCUGCCGUUUUCUCAAAUCCCUUAAACUGCUGUUCUAGUUCCUCUUCAAAGCUUACCAGCUCAAUAGCAAUGUCCAUACGUGGUGAUUGUUCCUUCACUGAAAAGGCAGAAGUUGCACAGUCAGGAGGUGCAAAAGCCUUGUUGGUGAUAAACAAUGAAGAUGAUCUUGCUGAGAUGACUUGUGAGGAGACUAGUUCUGCUCUAAACAUUUCAAUUCCUGCUGUGAUAAUUCCAAAGUCUGGAGGUGAUUAUCUGAACAAGUCAAUGGCGAAUGGACAGAAAGUGGAACUUAAAUUGUAUGCACCCACUCGUCCCAUAGUGGAUUAUUCAGUGAUAUGCUUAUGGAUGAUGGCUGUUGGAACAGUGAUCUGUGCCACACUUUGGGCAGAGUUUACUGCUCCUGAGGAGAGUGAUGAGCGCUAUAAUGAACUAUCGCCAAAGGAAAAUUCCAAUGCAGCAGGUGAUGCUGAGCAAGAGAUCAUAAAUAUUAAUGCGAGGAGUGCAGUUGUUUUUGUCCUAACAGCAUCAACUUUUCUGGUUCUACUCUACUUUUUUAUGUCAACUUGGUUUGUCUGGGUGCUCAUUAUACUCUUCUGCCUUGGCGGUGUUCAGGGCAUGCAUAAUUGUAUAGUGACUCUGCUUUCAAGUAGAUGCAGAAAGUGCAUGGAAAAGAAAAUGAAUUUACCUCUUUUGGGGGAAACUUCUAUUGUCUCAUUUGUUGUCGGCUGUUGUUGUCUGAUACUUGCUGUUUUCUGGAUUGUGUAUCGGCGAACAUCAUAUUCAUGGAUUGGGCAAGACUUUCUUGGUAUCUGCUUGAUGAUAACUGUCCUGCAGGUUGCUCGAUUGCCUAAUAUUAAGGUUGCUGCCGUACUACUCUGUUGUGCAUUUGUUUAUGACAUCUUUUGGGUCUUCCUCUCGCCAAUAAUAUUCCACCAGAGUGUUAUGAUUGUUGUUGCUCGAGGUGACAACAGCGGUGGGGAAUCUAUUCCUAUGCUUUUGAGAAUUCCUCGUUUUACUGAUCCUUGGGGUGGUUAUGACAUGAUUGGAUUUGGGGACAUUCUGUUUCCUGGUUUGCUUGUAUCGUUUUCUCGGAGAUAUGACAAUGCAACUAAGAAGACCUUGUCCACGGGGUAUUUUCUUUGGUUGAUAAGUGGCUAUGGAUUCGGUCUGUUCCUCACGUACCUAGGUUUAUAUAUAAUGAAUGGGCAUGGUCAACCUGCACUCCUCUAUCUUGUUCCUUGUACCCUAGGGAUUUGCGUCAUAUUGGGUAUGCUGAGAGGUGAGAUAAAAGACCUCUGGAGUUACGAUCCAGACGCUCCCUCUUCGAAAGAUUCCGGGGAAGCUUGAAUCUGUAAAGUGGCGAUAAUUUUGAAAAGUAGAUGCAGGGGAAAUCACAGGUAGCGAAGUUUUAUAUUGUGAUGUGGUUGGCUGAUGUUUCUCUUGUUCAUAAGAAAUGUUAAUUCAAUAUUAUGGUGCAAAGAAUACUUGGUGGUAAAAAGAAAAAAGGUCUGUAAGUCUAAGCAUUCAAUUCACCUUGACUCUUGUACCAAUGUAUAUCAUCCAAACUAUCUACGAUGACAUGUUCUAAUUUUUCAGAAUAUUUAAAAAAAAAAAAAAAAAUCUCUUCCCUUUUCUUUUUA